GUGAACACAAACAGUGACCGGUAGUGUAUUUUCCCCUGUAAGGAAUAGCAUAUAAGGCAUUUCAGAUAACAUCUAGGGAAUAAAAGAUGAAACAUUAUUUUAGCACCUGUGACGACCGCCCAGGGACACAGAACACGUCCGCUGCACACCUGUAGUCCGGGGAAUCGCCGUUACAAUACCACUGUUGAUUGAUAGACUAUACAGUAAAUCGAUGCAAAGUGACAUUUUCUGUGAAUUGUUUCCAUAAAUUUAUUCUUACAAACAUUCAGGUGAAUCACAGAGGAUUUAAGCUACCGAUAUUUGUGCGACGUUUUAGUGAUCAUGUCUUGUGUCCAGAGCCCGCUCACAGUGUUCCUACAUUGCACGAUGACGUAUGAUUUAAAAGGAUAUUUGUCACAAAAUACUUAAUUGCUGUGAGUGAUUUGCAGUUACUGCAUGACACACAAACACAUCAUUGUAUAUGCCAUAUACACAUACGGAUUAACACGCCCGCGUUUGUAUCCGCUGGAUUACGUUUAAAUAUCGUAUGUGACGUUUAGACAGAUAUAAUUAAAAGCAGUAAAAAUAUCGUAUGUGACGUUUUUGCGGAUCAUUUGAAAGCAAUAAUUCGUUCUGACGUGACAAAUGGAUAACGGAACGGAGGCAGACUACCGUCCAGAAAGUGUCUCUGGUUACAGACUGUACCAUGGCUAUAUCAGUCUGGUUAUCUGCUUAUCGGGAAUUGUUCUGAAUAUCUUCAACGCCUUCAUCUGGUCUAGAAAACGUAUGAAAUCUUCCACCAAUCUCAUCCUGAUGGCGCUAUCUAUCACUGAUUGCGUUUCUCUGUUUCUGUAUCUCGUCUACUCGUCAUAUCUGUUCAUUGCCACGGGACCCAGCCAGUUGUUGUACCACUCCGAGACCUGCAUGUAUGUAGUGGUCAUCACAUUUCAUGAAUUUAUUGGCUUCCAUACCACUUCAAACUGGCUGACCAUAUGCCUGGCAAUAUUCCGCUACAUCAAAGUAUGCCAUCCGAAUUCCGGAAAACUAUGGUGCAAUAGGAAAAGAGCCGAGCUUGCUAUUGUGCUGGUGUUUGUGAUGACAACGAUUGCUACCAUUCCGUUUUAUUUUUACUACGAAGUGUACAAUGUGUCUGAGGACUAUCCUAACAUAACGGGGUACUGGAUAAGAAAGACCAAAUUCGCCAGAAAUAAUGUGGACUACCAAACAAUACUGUUGUGGUUGUAUGGGGUGAUAUUCAAAGUUUGUCCCUCUAUUGCAAUGGUGGUCCUAAGCGCUCUGAUGGCUCUAAAGCUGCACCGGGCACAGAAGAGACAGAAAGUGUUCCGUGUUGGUCCAGAGAGUCACGUGACCAACCUCCGAGGGUACAACCAUACUACUAUAAUGCUCAUCGCCAUAGUGAUGAUUUAUGUUAUUUUGGAGAUACCAAUCGGGAUUUCGGCAUUCACUUCCGGUUUAAACGGAGAAGAAAGCCACUACUUUUACUUUUUGUUGUAUUCUGAAGUCGGCGAUAUUCUAGAUUUGCUGCCUUUAUUGAACGCCUCAUUUAAUUUCGCGGUGUAUUUUGCCCUGAGUGACCAGUUCAGGUCUGUGUUCAGAUUGUUAAUUAUGCGAAAAGCAACAAUAGAAAUUCCCCAUGGGUCGGAAACAAUAGAAAUGUCAGGUUCAACGAAAGUGUACACUGUACCCGUGAUCUGGAACUCUGUCAGACAAACACUUCAUUUAUAAUUAUAUGAAUAUGAUACAGAUUAAUGACAUUUAUAAUUAUAUGAAUAUGAUCCUGAUUAAUGACAUUUAUAAUUAUAUGAAUAUGAUCCUGA